CGAGAUGGGUGACCAUGACAUCAUGACCAUCCCAGCCCGACCACGCCCCCCUCGUGACCCACAGAACAUCCUGUUCUUGGCCCCGCCCUACCCGGGCUUCUGCUACCCGACCUACCCACCUCCUGUGGCGCCUCUAGCCCCGCAGGCUCUGACCUUUGACCCUGUGUGGAGGAAUCCAUCAGAUGAUACUCUUCCUCCCAAGCGUCUGGGUUCCAACCCUUACCCACUGAAAGAGAUGAAAAUGAAGCACGUACUGAUCUUCAUUGCAGCUAUGUUCGUACUUGCUUUCGUCGCUGUUGUAUUUACGGCAGUGUACUUUGGUCACAAGUUUACAUAAUACCCAUUGCAAAUAGUUGUCUCUUACGUUAUUGUGUAAGAUAACCAUAGCAAUAAUAAUUUUAGUUCAUAAUAUAAUCUGUUCGCAUGUCUCUGUGCAUCAAAAUAACUAUCGCAUUACUCGAAUCGAAGACCAAAGACAAAAAUCACUUGGGAAGUUGUGAGAGUUCCCGUUUGGGAGUGGAAAUAAUUUCUUUUUUAAACAUGUCACCAAAACUUGGUACUUCCCUGAACAGUCAAUAGUCCCAUAUGAACUUUUAACAGAAGACGAGAACCUCUUGAGUAUUUUUGCUUUGAUAUUGGGAAUACUUUAGGUAUUUCUGAGGGAAUACCUCGUGUACUCAUGAGAUAAAAAAACACUUGAAAUACUAAAUAUGUGGAGAAGCGAGCCACCCAUAGGACAGAACACAGCACUAGACUAUAAAAAGAGGGAAAAAUAAAAUAA